AUGAACACCAGUGAACGGAAAUCGUAUUAUGACAUUAGCUCUGAAAGUAGUAGUAACAAAAGGCCGUUUCCGUUCCUGGCAAGAAAAAGAUGGAAACUUAUCAGAGAUAAAAUACGGAAAUUGAAACAAUCUGAUCAAUAUAUCUCGGUCGCGAAACCAUACAGCAACAGGCUAUUUGGCUAUAAUCUUGUUAAACGCUCCACAAGUAUCAGCACCGAGCAAAUUGAACAGAUAAGUUAUGUACCCGAUAUAAAAGGUCGAGUGGUAUUGGUUACAAGCACUUCCAUCAAACUAUAUGAUCUUAGAGAUUUCAGUCUAACAAGUGAAUUAAUGAUACCGAUGGAGAAUGAAAAUGCAAACAGAAAUCCCACACCACGUUAUAAUCGAUUAGCUUAUGCAUCGAAAAUGAAUCUUCUUAUUGGCUGGAAACCGGGUGGCAAUAGUUUGUUUCCUCUGUCUGUUGAAAAUUUUAAAAAUAUUGGAGCUCCAUCUACAACUAAGAAUCCCUUGGUUAGUGUCCUCUCGAAUUCGAAUUCAGGGAGUAUUAUUUCAUUGGAACUGAAGUCAUUUUCACUAUUUCCAAAUGAUGAACCUUGCGAUAAAGAAUCUGAACAAACUGUUUCGUGUCCUUUACUACGAAAACUCCUCGAAAACUAUGAGUUUCCUUCGAAACUAAUCAGUUUUGAAGAAAACAGUAAUCAGAACCUCCGACUGCUGCUUGGUUGGAAGUAUUCAGCCUGGUUAAGAUGUAUACCAUGUGAUGACCAUUUUACUUCUAAAUAUUACGAUUGUGGUUGUGAUGAUGACGAGAAGAUCUUUAAAUCUGUGGAUUUAAAAAAAUUUCAACAGACAGCUAUUAACCAUAAUUCGCAAAUUUCAUCCGUUUUAUUUUUCACUCCACUGGAAAUUUUAAUAACUGGUGAUAUAUGCGGAACAAUAAAGACAUGGAACAUAGAUCAAGUUCAGCUGGCAGUAUUUCAUAGUCACUUGAAUGAAAUAAUUCAUUUUUCCACUCACAGAUGGGAUUUAAUAAGGCCACACUCAUCUCAACAUAUAUCACCGAGUUUUAUUUCAAUAAGCAGGGAUGGAACAAUGAAGUGUUGGCAGUUUUGGCAAUCGCAGUGCAUUAAUCCAGGAGACAAUCAAUUAAUUUCAGAUGAUGUGCAGACAAAUGGGACUGUCAGAGAUGUUCAGACGAACAGCAUGAUGGAAGUGGAUUCCAGAAAAGCACUUAUGAAUUUAAAUUCAAGUAUUUUGUUAGAAAACAAGUAUUCUCACGAGGUCUGUGGCGUAUGUGUGAAACAACACACGGGUAAUAUCGUUCUUAUAGGAGUUAAGACAAAAGGUGACUGGAAAUCAGAAAGCCAAACAGAGUACUAUUUGGAACACUGGACAUUAUCUGAACCAUCCUCACCAUUAGCAGAGUUUCCGCAAACAGUUAGACAUAUUUCAUUUGUUCAGCUGGAUGAAGUAUACAAUGUAGAUGAUUUAGAAUUGCAACAGCCGAAUGAUUGCAAUCAAGUUGAAAAAGCUGAUUCAAUUAACAUAGCAGUUGUUGUGUGUGAUGGAAAGCCAGGAAGCAUACAUUUAAUCUCUAUACCAACUGGAUCUAUCAUAACAACAGCCAUAUGUGAAGACUCAGCGGAAGAUGCUGUAUGGCAUUGGAUGCUGGAAAAAUUAUUCGUCUUGCAAAGUAAUGGAACUAUUGCAGUAUUUUCUACAUGCAGUCGACCGUGUAGUUUACUUUAUGUCUGGAAGUCAGCCGAAGACGGUGCAUUUUAUUCUGGUCCACUACUACUUUAUCCAGUACAUUGUCCAGACUACUGUAAGACAAUUUUAGAAAACAAAGACUCGAACGACUUACAGCCUCAAGUCAUCUUGCUGUUUUUAGUUGGGACAUCAAACGGUUCAUUAGCGAUACUUUGCCCUCAAGAGGGCAAGAUACUGAGUAAAAUAUCAACACAUUUAUCCACUAAAACUUUAGAUAACCCACCAGAUUUCAGCAGCAGUUCACCACUUUCCUCAAUUAAAUCAAAUCCAAAAUCUGGAAGACUGUACACUGUAACAGUUGAUGGGACAAUUAAAGUUUGGCAGCUGAUCAAACCCUUACCAAUUAUUGUUCAGAAGAAAAAAAUAGAAGAUUCCGACUAUGAUAACGCAAAUCUGCGCAUACACUUCAAACACUUCCCAUUUAAAAUUGUUAAUAACACAAACAUUUAUUGUGUUUAUACUGCUGGGGACUAUUCAAACACUGGGAGAUCUAAAUUUCCUUCAGAUGUCUCUUAUUAUCAUACUAUAUGUGCUGAAGUCAGUGACACCUGGGACAACUAUUCUGUUUCAGCCUCAAAACAACAUGUCGUUUAA